CAGCUAAAUAAAAUUGCAAUUAAAAAUUUAUGAAUAAACAAAUAGUAGAGAGCUUCACUUAUUUCGGUCCAAAAAUAAUAAACACGAAACACACAAUAUUUAGUUCGCUGCAACCACCAAGAGGCACCCAUAGCAAAGUGGAUACAGAAAAUUUUCAGUUUAUCUAAAACUAACAACAAAACGCAACUAAUAGAAAUUGCGGAAUGGCGUCUUCUGUCAGUCUCAGCAAAAUAAACGAUGGUGGCAUCGAAAAACCAUGUGUCAAUGUGAAUGAUAUUUCGACAGAAUUGGCAUACCACCGAAAAUUAAUGAAUGACAAUUGCAAUAUAUCCACUGAUCAUUCAGAAAAUGGACAUUCAUUUAUUGAAACCGAGAGCAAAGCGAAUGCGUCUUUACUAAAUGGAAAAACUACUUUACAAGGCAGCUUAAACCAAGGCACAUCUACUGGUACAUUCAUGAAACUCAAAACAUAUUUACAUGCGUUGCGACCGUGGUCAUUAUCUUGCAGUUUGGUACCAACGUUGAUGGGUUCAGCGCUCGCGUAUCGCUCCCAAUGGUCAGCCGAUUUUAGCCUUAUUACAUUUUUCUUAACUGCCUUCACCGUGGUUACCGUGCAUUGUGCUGGUAAUGUAGUGAAUACGUAUUUCGACUUCAUCAAAGGUAUCGACAAGCAAAAAGCCGAUGAUCGGACUCUUGUUGACCACAUUCUCACCAAAGAUGAGGUAGUCUCACUGGGUGCCAUCUUGUACAUGGCCGGUUGCGCCGGUUUUAUUUGCCUAGCCUUCUUAAGUCCAGCCAAAAUGGAACAUUUAGCGUUAAUUUAUUUUGGUGGCUUAUCAUCUAGUUUUCUUUACACUGGUGGAAUCGGUUUCAAAUACAUCGCCCUUGGAGAUGUAGUUAUAUUAAUACUUUUUGGUCCACUUUCAGUAUUGUUUGCUUACAUGUCACAAACGGGGCAUGUUGAUUGGACAGCUAUUUUUUAUGCUCUUCCCUUGGCUCUGAAUGCCGAAGCCAUACUACAUAGCAACAACACACGUGAUGCAGAUAACGAUCGCAAAGCUGGUAUAGUGACAUUAGCAAUACUCAUUGGUCGCACGGCAUCGCAUGUCCUAUAUGCUUUGCUGUUGUUUACCCCAUAUAGCGUAUUCGUUGUAUAUGGCUUGAAAUAUUCGUUAUGGUUUCUAUUGCCGCUCGUGACAGUACCACAGGCAUUUCAGAUUGAAAAACGAUUUCGCAACGAACAUACCAUGAGCGCAGUGCCUCGACAAACAGCUAAAUUAAAUUUCUUUUUCGGCAUACUCUAUGUGGUAGCGAUAUGUUGUGCUAAGCAAUUACCCGACUUCAGUUAUCGCAAACAUUAGUAUGAACAAUAUUUAUUUAAAUACUUUACUUUAUAAUUGUAGUUAUUCACUAAACACUAAAAUUGAUAUUAUCCAUAAAUGAUAUGAAUUAUUACAUACAUUCAUCAGAUACAACACAAAAUUUUGUAAUGCUUCCAAAACAAGGUUAGAUUGAAACUUAAAUGAGCUAAGAAAAGGUUAUAACAUUAUGAAAUAAAUUAUAUACAUAGAUACAUAUAUGUACUCGUAUGUAUGUAGGUACAGUUUGGAUACGUUUAAUCAUAAACUUUCUAUAAAGAAGAAAAUAAAAGUAAAGCUUUUACAAUAAGAAA